AUGUUCAGACUAGUGUUGGGCUUUGACGAUGCAAAGGGAGGAAAGGCUGACCGUCGGAGCUCUGAUUUAUGCCCUCGUAAAGUUGCACACGCCGCUGCCCUAGCGCUCACCGGUAUAAUUUAUUGUACUUGCACAAGUCACGUUUCGAGUCCCUUGCACAGGCACCUUGAAUCAAGAAAUGCUUUAGGUCAACAAAGUUUUGUACGAUUCCGUGAUAGAGGUCUUCCGAAACGUGGUUCGCCGCGCCGGAAUUACAAAAAGCAUCCGUCUGUAAAACGCCAGGGUGGCCGCAGUACGCCUGACGGAGCGGCCGAGGGCGGUCGCGUGAGCAUGUUGGGUACAAUGAUGUACCCCGGCGACGACGCCGAACUGGACAUGCGCGUACCGCCGAUACAACUGGAACAUCUGCCAGAAGUGUUCCUUUCCAGUAUCCCGAAGUGCGGCGGCUGCCAGGAGAUGAUAGUGGACCGGUACGUGCUAAAGGUGUCAGACCGCACGUGGCACGCUGGCUGCCUGAGGUGCGUUGAGUGCCGCACAAUGCUGUCUGGCAAGUGCUUCGCCAGAAAUAAUCAACUCUACUGCACUGAGGACUUCUUCAAGCGGUUCGGUACCAAGUGCGCGGGCUGCGGGCAGGGCAUCCCGCCGACGCAAGUGGUGCGGCGAGCGCAGGCGCACGUUUAUCACAUGCGGUGCUUCGCGUGCGCAGCCUGUGCGAGGACGCUCAACACCGGUGACGAGUUCUACCUCAUGGAGGACGGGAAGCUGGUUUGCAAGCCCGAUUAUGAAGCGGCUAGGGCUAAAGGCGGCGAGGGCUCGCUGGACGGCGACGCAGCGAGCAAACGGCCGCGCACCACAAUCACCGCCAAACAGCUGGAAACGUUGAAAAGCGCGUAUAGCAGCAGUCCCAAGCCGGCGCGGCAUGUACGGGAGCAACUCGCGCAGGACACCGGUCUCGAUAUGCGCGUAGUGCAAGUCUGGUUUCAGAACCG